AUGUUUUUGUUAUGUUUGCUCUUUUGGAGAAAUAUUAUAUGUGAUAUAAAAGAACUUAAUUAUGAACAAUUUUAUAAGAUGUUAACAACAGAAAAAAACAAUCAAAAGAAAAAUUAUAUUUUAGAUAAAUCAAUAAAUUAUAAGAAUUUUAAAUCUUUUCAGGAUUUUUUAUAUAUAAAGACAAAUGAAGAUUUUGUUUUGUAUGUAUAUGCUAAAUGGGACACAGAUUCCAAUAAUUUGAUAAGCAUUUUUAGAGAAGUAGAUAGAAUUUUAACGGAGCACCAAAUAAAAUUAAAUUUCUAUAUUUUUAAUAUUGAUCAAGCAAAAGAUCUAUGCAAUUUUUUGAAUAUCACUUCGUUGCCUCUGAUACUGUAUGUUUCCUCAGUUCAUAAAAAAAAAUAUAACACCCUCCUUUAUAAAUUCUUAAACUCAAAUAAAGAUAUUAAAAUAAGUAAUGCAUUCAGGUACAAUGGUGAUAUGUACUGCUAUGAUUACAUUGUGGAGUGGGUAGAAGCACAUUACUAUUUUACAAAGUUCGUUUUACUAAUGAAAAAGCUUUUUUCUUGGAAAAAAUAA